CCUUUCUCACUCCAUGUGUAUUUGUCUGCCUGGGUGUCCCUUUCUUAAGCGUCCAUGCUCUUUUCCCACUGCACAAGUGUAUGUUUUAGAGAAAGAGAGAGAGAGAGAUUGGCAGCUUUGCAAUCCAAGAAAGAGGAAACAGAUCUUUCAUAGGCCCCCUUCAGAAGGGACAGAUCCUUCUCUUCUCCAUACUUGCAGCAAUCUCGUCUAAAAUCUCCAAGAGUCCCCAUCCCAUCAAACAUCUGAGAACUAUAUAAAGCCUGACCACCAAACCAAUAUAGAAACAGAGCCACAUCCUUUCAGCUCCCUAGUGCGCCUUCAUGGAAUCCCAUCAAUGGAGAACUCAACAGCAGUCAGACCGGCAGGAUGAGCACUCUGCCAAAAUCCCAAAGCUCCAGCUCGGGGAUCAGCAGCAGCCACCUGCCUCAGCUCUACAUCUGUUUGCAGCUGAACGCAAGACCACCACCCACACGUCUCCCCUGUUUUCAUCUCCAAUCUCAGCACCCACUGCUGUCCCUAAGGCUGGGGGAUACUUCAGUCUGGCACAGUGGCAGGAGCUGGAGCUGCAGGCACUGAUAUAUAAAUAUAUGAUAUCUGGGGCCUCUGUUCCUAUGGAGCUCAUUCUACCUAUUAAGAGGAGUCUCCUCGAUGCAACCCCCUAUUACCACCACCACCAUCACUACCAGCAUUUCCAGCAACCCAUGCUGCAGACUGGGUACUGGGGAAGGUACGUUGUCGACCCCGAGCCUGGGAGGUGCAGGAGAACAGAUGGGAAGAAAUGGAGGUGCUCGAGAGAGGUGGUGACGGGCCAAAAGUACUGCGAGCGCCAUGUGCACCGAGGCCGUAACCGUUCAAGAAAGCAUGUGGAAAUCCCCACAGCCACUGCCAUUAAUGGUUUAAAAACCACCCUCCCUUUGCCCUCAGCAAAGACCACAGAGACCCAUUUCAGUUUAUCUGAUUCAUCCACUGCACUUGACAUCCUCCCUCUUAUCCAGAGGCCGCCAGAUGCUAAAACAGUUGAUGGGAGCCUCCUAGAGAGCUACUGUGGCAGCUGCUUCUCCCCGGAGUUUCAUGACGACAAACCGGAUGGCCAUGUUCUUCGUAGGUUUUUUGAUGACUGGCCGAGAUCACAGCAAGAGCUCAUUACCGACACAUCGAACAAUGCUAGACCUGCAGCUUCUACAACUCACCUCUCAAUCUCCAAUCCUGGAAAUUUAUCAUCAGAUUUCUCCCUGAAACUGUCCACCGGAAAUGAUGACAAACCAGGACCGGGCAGCAACAGAGACAAUGGAUAUGGGCGGGUGCAGCCACCUCCGCCGAAUUGGUCAUCAUGGGGGAACCAUGGGGAGGCGUCAAUGGGUGGUCCACUGGCCGAAGCGCUACGUUCAUCAACCUCAACUCCUUCACCAACUAGCGUCUUGCAAAAGCCUAACGGAUCCAUAUCAGAGACAAGGUGGUGCUUUGCAUGGAAAUGAGAUUUGUUGUCGAGUGGGUCUUGGGCUAUUGGACUGGAAGUCUGCGGGUAGUGUAUGUCCACUGUAUGGAACGUUUGUUUGUUUAGUUUAUGCUUUUACACUUUGGAGGCACGCUGGUUGGUUGUCAUUUAGUUGUAUGGAAGAUUGGUAUUCAGGAGAAUGUUUGAUUUUUCUCUGGUUGGCUUCUA